AUGGUUCCCGGGUCCAGUCAGCCUGCCAAGGCAAUGGGCUGCGAGGAAGACUUUGCUGUGGCUGAUAUUGUAGCGGCAGCUGACGUGGAAACGCCCAUUCCCUCGGCCCGCCCCUCGGCCGCUGUUCACAUGCACGCGCUAGAAGAGGCGGAAGAUCGUUUGGAUAGCGCUGCAUCUGCGGGGGCUUUGCCCCAACCCGAUGAGUUAUGUGGGGCUGCUGCUCCCGUGCAUCGCUUUGGCUCACCGGUGCCAGGGGAUGUUCUCCAAGCGGCGGCCAUGCGCAAGGGCAUUGAUGACAUUUGUGUCUUGGCCCAGGCGGACCAUGUUUGGACGUAUUGCGCUCGGCUGUGCCAUUGGCUCGAGGACGCUAGAACCUAUUUGCAGCAGUCUCUUGCCCAUCGGCCCACGCCACCCGUCGAUGCACUCGUGCAACAUCAUCUAGUUCCCUUCUUAAUGAAUUUCAACGCUUUGCGUGCUCAGUCACACUGGCCCGAGCAUCAACUCGCGCCUCGCAUCUCCUAUUUCUCAGCUGCCGCAUGCUUACACCACCUUAUAAGCAUGGACAUGACGGAGCGAGCUGAUGAUCCCAUUUUGGGCCCGCUCCAUAAGCUGCCUCAAUUACCGCUCAAUGACCUGGUCCAGCUCAGCUUGCUGAUGCUCCACACGCGCACCUGUGGCGCGGGACAAUGUCCGUUGUGUAACCGGGUGGGACAAAGUCUAGUGCCCGUGCAAGCGGCCGAGGACGCCCGAUCGUAG